AUGGAGCGUGGGCCUGCGAUCCUUGUUGGACUUGAUUUCGGUACAACGUUCAGUGGAAUCGCUUGGGCACUCGAGGGGCCUGUCGAUGAACUUGAAGUCAUCUCAGCCUGGCCAGGUGGAGGCAACAGAACCACCGUCAAAGUCCCAUCCGUUAUAUCUUGUGAUGGUCAGAGCACACAUUGGGGUUAUCAGGUCCGUCCGUUCGUAGAAGCAUUUCGGGGUAUCAAAUUAUUGCUUGAUGAGGGCCAGGAAAACAAAUAUACACCCUCUUUGGCUUCAAAAGCGCUAUUGAGAAAAUACAAAACGGAUGCGGUGCAAGUGAUGGCAGACUACCUAAAGCACCUUGUUGAAUAUGCUAAAUCGAUCCUCCAACGACGAUUUGGUAUUCCCGCUCAACAUAUGAACUUGCGAUUCACACUCACCGUCCCAGCUGUCUGGUCGGAUAAGGCCAAAGAUAGGACUAUGAAUGCGGCAAUAAAAGCGAAUAUCCGGCCCCAAGAUAUUACUUUAGUUUCCGAGCCAGAAGCCGCCGCUCUUUACGCGUUGCGCUCUAUUCAACCUAAUUCAAUAGCGAAAAAUGACGUGUUCAUCGUUUGCGAUGCUGGAGGCGGCACAGUGGAUCUCAUUUCAUAUCAAAUUAAAACCCUAGAGCCCCUCGUUCUCACAGAGGUGACUGAGGGCACAGGACGCAUCUGUGGAUCAAUGCUUCUAGAUCACAGGUUUGAGGAACUUCUCCGAGAUAGGAUGGGAGUGAACUACGCCACACUGUCGAGCAAGUCAAAAGAAGCUGCGCUAUCUUACUGGCAAGACCGAGUGAAGCCUAACUAUACUGGAAAACUCGACUAUGAUUAUGCAAAUGUCGACUAUUUCGUUCCUCUUCCGGGAGUCACAGAUGAUCCCACGAUUCCGAUUGAAGACGGAUUUUUCCAACUCAGUAGUGACGACGUUGAACAUAUCUUUGAGCCCAUCGUUCGUGACGUUGAGGAGCUUAUUGCAGAGCAGGUGGCGAGCAUAACGAGACUCGGAUUUGCAAUUGUUCUUGUUGGCGGGUUCGGCUCUUCUGAAUACCUCCUUCGCCGUUUGCGGAAAGCGAACCCAACUGUGACAGUUCUCCAACCACCAAACGCAUGGUCUGCGGUUGUAAGCGGUGCUGUUUAUCGUGGACUAGAGGGCAAUCAAGUUGAGUGCCGAGUUGCGCGUCGACAUUAUGGGAUUGAAAUUGCCACAGAGUAUAUUCCAGCCAUCCAUAAUGACGAAGACAAAUAUUGGGAUCCGUUGGAUGAAACAUACAAGGUCACUCAGAUGAGGUGGUAUAUCCAAAAGUCCUCCAUAAUCCGCGAAGAUGAUCCAAUCAAGAUGGACUUCUAUCGAACAACUCGGGUACGAGAUGCCAAGGAAUCUCUGUCUUAUUCAACAGGCCUCUAUAUCUGCAAUGACGCAGAUGCACCAAAGGCCCUGAAUAAAAGCAUUAUGAGAUUAUGUACUUUGGAUUCCGAUCUCAGCGAAAUUCCUGAGGGGUUAUUCCAGAGAAAGCGCAACUCGCAAGGGGUUGAGUAUUUUAAAAUACCAUUUAAGCUUGUCAUGACCCCUACAUCUGCUUCCCUGCUUUUUGAACUUGAAUUUGAAGGGGUUUCAUAUGGAUGCAUUCGAUCAAAAUAUUAG